AUGCUAACAGCAUGGCCGCACUUAUACACAGUUAGCUCUGCGGAUGAACCGGCUAACUUUACUCUUUCCUCCCUCCAGUCUCACCGUACAUUUUCGGCUCCCCGCCACGGGUCCCUGGGCUUCUUGCCCCGCAAGAGGAGUCAUCAUCGUGGUAAGGCGAAGAGCUUCCCCAAGGAUGACCCCACCAAGCCCGUGCACCUGACCGCCUUCCUGGGCUACAAGGCCGGCAUGACCCACAUCGUCCGCGAGGUCGACCGACCUGGCUCAAAGGUGAACAAGAAGGAAGUGGUUGAGGCUGUGACCAUUCUUGAGACCCCUCCCAUGAUUGUUAUUAGUUACGUCAGCACACCCCGUGGCCUGCGUUCCUUCAAGUGCAAGCGUCGAUUCUACAGGAACUGCUCCGCUCAGGUGACAUGUGCCCUGAUGAGCUCCGGGCUCCUCUGGCCAGUGGAACCGACUAACUCCCCUUCCUCCAUGGCUAAACAGAGACAGGAAGGAGCGCCGCCUAAAGGAACUCCAACAUCUACAACAACUCAUGAGAACAUGUUCAAGCACAUCCCAUCAUGUUUGAUUGACAGCUGA